AUGGCUAUUGCUGUCGACUCUGCCCCGAGGGAUGGAAAUAAGGGUGUGUUUAAUCGUCGCAUUGGGGCUGCAGCUCAUAAACCCAACAAGGUCUGCUAUUUCUGGCGGUCUGGGAGUUGUAACAGGAAUCCCUGCCCCUUUCUUCACAGAGAAUUGCCACCACCGCCCAGUAUCAAUGGAAACGCUUCGAAGCGGCCUCAAGUGGGGUCGGCCAAUAACCGGAAUUUUACUCGUCCUUCUUCCUUGUCACGGAGACCUGAUCCUAACCUCCGGUUGGUUAGCAACACCUGGGUUAGGAAUCAAGGUGACGGAUCGGCAACUGUUCCUCGCAAGACGCAAGACAAAAAUCAUGGUGACGGAUUGGCUAUUGUUCCUCGUAAAACAACGAAAGACAAAAUCUGCCAUUAUUGGCUCGCGGGAAACUGCAGUUAUGGAGACGAGUGCAAAUAUCUACACUCUUGGUUUCUUUGCGAUUGUUUUACAUUAUUGAAGCAGCUUGAAGGACACCAGAAGGUUAUUACCGGAGUUGCUCUUCCCUCUGGUUCUGAUAAACUUUACUCUGGAAGCGAAGAUCAAUCUGUACGUGUUUGGGACUGUCAUACUGGGCAGUGUGCUGCUGUGAUCAAUUUGGAUGGUGAAAUUGGAUGUAUGAUGAGUGAGGGGCCGUGGCUUUUUAUUGGAAUUCCAAAUGCUGUCAAGGUGUGGAACACCCAAACUGCGUCUGAAGUUAAUCUUAGUGGACCAGUUGGACAAGUGUAUUCCCUUGCUGAGGGAAAUGAGAUACUUUUUGCUGGAACCCAGGAUGGUAAAAUACUGGCAUGGAAAAUUGAUGCUAAAAACAACUGCUUUCUACCAACUGCAUCACUUGAGGGUCACAGACUUGCUGUUGUUUCAUUAGUUGUUGGAGCUGGUAGGCUGUACUCUGGUUCAAUGGACCAUACAAUAAGAGCAUGGGACCUCAAGACUUUACAAUGUAUCCAUACUCUGACAGGCCAUACAUCGGUUGUGACGUCUGUUCUUUGUUGGGACGAGUAUCUAUUGUCAUGUUCACUUGACAAAACAAUAAAGGCGUGGGCUGCUACAGAAAGUGGCAAUUUGGAAGUAAUACAUACACACAAUGAAGAAAAUGGUGUGCUCACCCUCUGUGGAGUGAAUGAUGCACAAGCGAAACCUGUCCUGAUGUGUUCGUGUAAUGACAAUACUAUUCGCAUUUAUGAUCUCCCAUCAUUCAGUGAAAGGGGGAGAAUAUUCUCAAGAGAGGAGGUUCGGGCAAUACAAAUAGCUCCAGGUGGGCUUGGUGGGCCUGGGCUUUUCUUUACUGGUGAUGGAACUGGCGAACUCAGAGUCUGGAAAUGGGUCAUCGAGCCACCAAACCCACCACAGUAACCACCUGAUUGGAAUCAACAGUAGCAUUAUUUGUGGAAGUCUUGUAAAUAUUUUUUGGGCACAAUUCUUAUGCCAUAUUUUCUGAUU